GAUAGAUGUCACGGGUCCCAGCCUGUAGACAUCUUUUACUCCAACUCCCUGUUCCUUGGAGUUAAUGUAAGCUGGUGGCUUCUGGAUGAGAUGUUUGCUAUUGCUUUCCUCCUCUUGUAUUUGAUGACUUGGCAGCCAGGGGUCACCGCACAGAAGGCGAACCAGAGAGUAAGUCGGGCAGUGACCCCCACAGCAGUUGCCUGCCAGCUGAGUAACUGGUCUGAGUGGACAGAAUGCUUUCCAUGCCAGGACAAAAAGUACCGAUACCGGAGACUCUUGCAGCCAGACAAGUUUGGGGGAACCAUAUGCAGUGGUGAUGUCUGGGAUCAAGCCAGCUGUUACACUCCCACACCUUGUCUGAGACAAGCACAGUGUGGACAGGAUUUCCAGUGCGUGGAGACAGGUCGCUGCCUGAAACGCCACCUUGUGUGUAAUGGAGACAGGGACUGCCUUGAUGGCUCUGACGAGGACAACUGUGAAGAUGUCAGGGCCCCUGGAGAUGACUGCAGCCAGUAUGAACCGAUUCCAGGAUCAGAAAGGGCAGCCCUGGGGUACAAUAUCCUGACUCAGAAAGAAACUCAGAGUGUGUACGAUGCCAGGUAUUAUGGCGGCCAGUGUGAGAUGGUGUACAAUGGGGAAUGGAGAGAGCUGAGGUAUGACCCCACCUGUGAGCGUCUCUACUAUGGAGAUGAUGAGAAGUACUUUCGGAAACCCUACAACUUCCUGAAGUACCACUUUGAAGCCCUGGCAGAUACUGGGAUCUCCUCAGAGUUUUAUGAUGAUGCCAAUGAUCUUCUUUCUAAAGUGCGAAGGGUCAGGUCUCAGGCGAAUGGAAUCACCUUUGGCAUCAGCCUAAAAGGUAGCCCUGUAACACUGGAUGUGAGUGUAUCUGGAUCAGAAGACUCUUCAUUCCUGAAUAAGUUAAGCAAGUAUAAUGAGAAGAAAUAUGGCUUCAUGAGAAUCUUCACGAAGGUGCAGACUGCCCACUUCAAGAUGAGGAGACAGAAUAUCAUGCUGGAUGAAGGAAUGCUGCAGUCGUUGAUGGAGCUUCCAGAGCAGUACGAUUACGGCAUGUACGCCAAGUUCAUCAACGACUAUGGCACCCACUACAUCACGUCUGGAUCCAUGGGUGGCGUUUAUGAAUAUAUCCUUGUGCUUAACAAAGAAAAAAUGGAAUUGCUUGGUAUCACCAGUGAAGACGUUCAGACAUGCAUUGGAGGUGCCAUGGGCUUUGUAUAUGACAAUACUAUAAAAAUUGGAGGAAGUUUAUCAGGAGAACGUUGUGAAAAAUUUGGAGGUGGCAAAAUUGGAGAAAGAGACAAGUGGGCUGUGGCCGUGGAAGACGUCAUUUCUCGGGUGCAAGGUGGCAGUUCUGGCUGGGGCGGUGGCUUGACACAAAACAUCAGCGCCACUGCAUACCGUUCCUGGGGGAGAUCAUUAAAGUAUAAUCCUGCUGUUAUUGAUUUUGAGAUGCAGCCUAUCUAUGACGUGCUGCGCCACACAAACCUGGGGCCUCUGGAGACCAAACGCCAGAACCUGCGCCAGGCCUUGGACCAGUACCUGAUGGAAUUCAAUGCCUGCCGCUGUGGGCCCUGCUUCAACAAUGGGGAGCCCAUCCUGGAGGGCACCAGCUGCCGCUGUCAGUGUGGCCUGGGUCGCCAGGGCCCUGCCUGUGAGCGAAUGGAGCUAGAGGGAGCCAAAGCAGAUGGUCGCUGGAGCUGCUGGAGCUCCUGGACUGCAUGCAGAGCAGGCACCCAGGAAAGAAGGAGAGAGUGCGACAACCCUGCUCCCCAGAACGGAGGCGCCUCAUGCCCAGGGCGGAAAGUGCAGACCCAGGCUUGCUGAGCACCGGGGCACAGGUUGGGCCGGAUGCUGCAUCGUGGCCCCUGGCACUGGCUAGUGGAUACAAUUUUCUUUCAGUUGAGAGAAAAAGCAAAUUAGCACAGACCCAUUUUCUUGGAUCAUUCAUGGCAUGGCAGGCUUUUCUAGCAUGAACCUCCAAAUUCUUCCAGCCUCUCCCCACUACCCAAUUCUAAAUCUGCUUCCAUGUUGUAGAUAUUUUCGACAGCAGCACCUCCACUUUGCAGGAUCAUUUCUCUGUCCUCCUCUAUUCAGGCUGUUAUGACAAUACAAGAGGUGGCUUAUAAACCGCAGAAACCUAUUUCCCACAGUUCUGGAUGCUGGAAGUCCAAGAUCACAUUGUCAGCAGAUCCAGUGUCUGUCCAUAGCCUACUUUCUCGUUGACACAUGACUGUCUUUUUGCAUUGUGCUUCUACAUAGAGGAAGGGACUAGGAAUUCUCUGGGGCCUCUUUUAUGAAAACUCCACCUUCAUGAUCUAAUCAAUCCUUCCCAUCACCAAAGUCCAACAUCUUAAUAAUACCAACACUUUUGGGAUUAGGACUUCAAUACGUGAACUUGGGGGGACACAGACUUUCUGAUCACAGUACAUACAAUCAGUCCCAUAUCUCCUGGGACUAUUUAUGAUCUGUUUUUUUUUUUUUUUUUUUCCCCAAGAGAUGGUAAACUUGAAGACAGGAAUCAGCUUUGUUUAGUAGGGCACUAUAUUCACAGAGGCCAGGGCUGGGCCUUGAAUAUAGCAGGGAACUAGUCAGCAUCUGUGGUUUGAACCAAUGAAUGGAUUCAAGAGCCGUUUCAUAGAUGAGGUCUCUAUUGGUCAGCCUUCCAGUCAAUCUCAUUUGGAGAGUCCAACCAGUACCAUCAACUCAUCUUCCCUGACCUAUCCUUGGGAGAAUCAAUUAUUAUAGUCCCUCCUAGUGUCCCACAGCACUCUAGUAAAUCCUCAGGUAGAGAGCA